CAAAAACCAAUGAGAAAGUUGCAUUUUAUCCACAUGUGGGGCAAACUAAUCAGAAGCAUAUUUUGAGUUGUUUCCUUAUGUUAGCUAGCAGUAGUGAUGAUUUUGAAUGAUUAUUUUUUUAUAACGUUCAUUUGGAUUUGUGUUGGUUGGAAUUUUUGGGACCUAUUUUAUAGUUAGUAGUUUCCUCGUGUUGGUGUGGUAAAAAAUUUUUUGUUUCGCUCGGUGGCAAAGUUUGUUUAACCCUCGUGCAUUGAAACCCUCGCAAUGCUCAAGAUUCCACUUCUCGAACCACUCGCUACGCUCGUGGUUCAAUUUUCGACUCUUUCGUUUGCUCGGGUAUCAAUAUUAGCACGAGCGGUUAAACAACAACUUUGCCCCCUUGUAAAACAAAUAACUAUUUCCUGUAAUAGUAAAAUCGCCUUAAUACAUUUACCUCCUUUGCUCUAGUCACUGAUUUAUGAGUGUCAUUAACAAUAAGUGUGAGUGUUGACCGCGCGUGUGCCAGGCCUAUCCACCAUGGCUCGCAAACCUUUGCUCCUCUGGUUAUUAGCCUUAGGCCUUUGGGGUUUCCAAGAAAGUAUCGCGACUUCAAGUCACACCUGCAAAUCUAGUGACUGUUUAUUAAAAUGCUGUCCUCUGAAACAAAUCAUGCGCGUUACCUAUGAUGAAGACCUUAACGAAAUCCGUGAAUGUGUCGAUAUUCAUAAAUUGGCUAAAUAUGGUGUUAAAAACGCUGAUGAUUACUCCGAUAUCAUAGUUUAUACUAAAAAUAUUGAAAGUAAAGUAAUUCAAUCUAAUAAACGUGUACGUGACUUUAAUCUAAUAUAUGUCGCCAAUUUCACUAAUGGUGAUCAAUGUUUUUCGUCUGGUAGCAUCAGCGAUACCUAUCUUUUAGAGAAUGGCAAAUGGGCUAUGCAGCGUCGUAACUACUGGCAUCAAUGGUCCAUGUUCAAGCCGGGAGAGUUUUGUAUUGAGAACGAGGUGUCCGUGUACGAGGGCAAGCUCGAAUCCACCACGCCCACUCCGUUGGUCUGUCUCGCACGGCCUUCUGAACCACCGCCUUCGAACCGACGAGCGCUAACCAGUGCUUAUGGGCUGCUGGUGUCCUGUGUGUUCCUGCUGCUGGUGCUGGCGGUGUACGCGUUGCUGCCGGAGCUGCGCAACCUGGCGGGCUUGAUACUGAUGGCGUGCAUGGCGACAUACUUCGCUUUCUUCUUCACCAGAAUCAUACACGUUUUUGGGAACGAGAGUGAAGUCUUGUCGACAAAUGGCUGCGUUGCACUAACAAUAAUAUUCCAUUAUAUGACAAUAUCGACUUUCUGUUGGAUGAAUGUUAUGUCUUUUGACAUCUGGUGGACGUUUAGGCGUGUCCGUAAAUCAAAGACACAUCGUCGCGGCAUUAUAUACAAGUUCCGUUGGUACUGCUUGUACGCAUGGGGCCUGCCAGUGCUGGCCACGCUUUUCCUCAUCAUUGUUGACCAACUGGACCUCAGCCACGUACCUAACUUCGUGCAACCACACCUGUUCAGCAUGUGCUACUUUGAUCCGGAUACUCAUUUGCUGUACGUCAGCAUACCAAUUUUCGUUCUGAUCUGCGUCAACCUGUUCCUGUUUGUGAUGUCCGCGUACAACAUCUGGGAAAUCAAACGAGGCAUCGACAAGUACAAGGAUAGUGCGAACAACCAGAAUAACGAAUACAGGUUUUGGGUGUAUUUGAGGCUGUCCCUCCUGAUGGGCGUGUCGUGGAUCCUGGAAGUGAUCGGCAACCUGGUGCACACAGAGUCGACGGUCUGGAUCAUCUCGGACCUCUACAACGCCCUCAUCGGACUGUUCAUUUUCUUGUUAUUCGCCUGUAAAAAGAAAAUCUUCCUUCGGUUAUGCCACAGGUUUUCAAUCAACAAUAAGUUUGUAGAGUACGUGCGCGCGCGCACGCACGACUCGCGCGCCGCCGACGCGCACGCCAGCCAUCAAACUGACAGCAGCGACGUCGAGCACUGGACGCCGUCUUACAAGGAUAUCAAAUACAAACCAGAGCAGAUAUAAAGCAGGAAACAGACACAUUUUAACAUCUCAACGACAAGGCUAGGAACCGGUUAAUGAAAUACCGGUAAAAACCGGUUUAUUUCGGUUUUCUUCCGAACUUUUAUAAGAACGCGAACGUUUUAAGAACUUUAUUGUAACCUAAAAAAACCGGUUUAUUCGAUGAGCGACGAAACAGCCGGCCGGCCUGGUGGUGUGCCACGGUAAAUAUAGACACCGAAAUAGGAAGAAACCGGUUUUAUUGCUCUAAACCGGUUAAUUUGACAAGAACGGUUCUGUUAAAAACCGGUUUAAAAUUAACGGUUGGAGCGAAAGCGAAAUAAAAAGGUUUUGCGCCAAGUACAUGAUAACGGUUUGGAAAUUUAACCGGUUUUCGAGCCUUGCUCAGCGAUAACUCCCGUGCGCAUCAUGGUGGUACACUUUGUGCAACUUAAGUAGAGUCAGACCAAGAUAAGUUGGCCUAGACAGUGCACGUGCUAUAUUAAAAGUCGAAUUUCUAUGAAAUUAUGACGUUUACUUAACACUUGCUCAGGCAGGGCUAUCAAAAUCGUUGCCAAUUUAGCUUAGUCUGACUGUAUAACUUAAUUGUUGUAGACCUCCCUCCCGACAGGAGCAGUGCUGAAUUAGUCUAAAUCACAAACAAUAUUUGUCAGAUUUGUGCGAAAUGUUAUUUAUUCUAAUAACCCUCUACUCGCAUAAAUAAGACGACAUCAGGACUUCUCUCGUCCUUGGGCAUUCUUUUUCCCAACUGAAAAGUUACCAGACUAUUUUUUUAAUGAAAUAUUUUCAAAUUAUGUUAAAACAACUAAAUACUAUUUCAUGUAGAGAUAUUUUAACUUAAAAUGAAUGUAAUUGGGCGAUGGCCAUAACCGUUAUUUAAAUAAAGCGGUUAAUUACCUACUGAGUAAUUAUAGUUAAUUAGGUUGUUUACACUUUUUGCAAUUUCUACUGUAUUAAAAUAAUAUUUUAUACAUGUAAUAAAACCUUCGGUCCUCUGGGCCUUUACCUAGCCCGCAACAGAACUAAGUCACCAUCACAAUAAUUCUAAAUUCAAUUAUAAGAGGCUAAUUAUAGUAGUUAUGUAACAAGUACAUUGACUUGGAAUCAGUUACUUGAACUUACCUAUACAUACAAAAUGGGCAUGAGAAAUUAAUUAGAAUUUAAUAUAUUGGAAAGAAGUACAAAAUAGUUGUAGUUAGGUACAUAUACUUUUUCAAUUUUUGGUAUACUUACCAAAAACUGUGUUAAUUAUGGAUGAAUUAUGUAAAAUAUUAUAUUCGAAUGACAAGGGGGCCUUUUUGAACCGCGAAACUGUGUUAUACUGAAAUCAUAUCCCUCAGUGGUUGAUGAUAACUUGAUAGGUUCUUAAUACUGCUUUAUUUAGUGUUUAAAAUUAUUUUAAGAGCGAAGUCCUCCACGUCGUUCAUACAAAAAAGAGAAAAUAUUUUUCUACUUCUAAAUAUUUCCCAUUUCCAUGAUUUUUUAGUAUGUUAUUGACAUAAUGAAAAACUAGGUUUAUAGGUUUUCCUUUUUUUCAAAAUUUGCAAUACAACAAUUUUUUUUUAGCGAAAUCUAUAAACCUAGAAUAUAUUAUGCUGAAGCAAUCAACAUCAAAAUCAAAGUGAUUUGUUAAGAUUUCGUUAGAAGAAACGGUUUCCGAAAUGGAAUUUCAUAAAAAAAUACCGUUAUUUCGUUAGGUUAGGAUAGCUAUUCUUUCCCCAUCAUUUUUGCUUGUAGGUAUUUAGUUUAAGUCUAAAGUGCGAUUAAAGAAGUCUCAGAGUGCA